AUGAGAAUAAGGCAAAAAUGCAACCUCAGUAAAUUUACCAACACGUCUAUCAAUUCCUGCCCCAGAACCUCAAACUUGACAUCAACAUCUUCACCAUGUCGACCACUACAGUAACUCACACGCAAAACGGCGACUUUCAUAGCUCCAUCCUUCGCGAUUACGAGCUUCACCACUCUCAAGCUCGCGAGGAAUCGCCGGAUUGUCGGACAUCGCCUGUGACGUCCGCAGAGCACCCGGAAUUUGAUCUGCCGCAUCGUCGUGUGCCUGAGUAUAGGCCGCUUAAUCGGGACCCCGCGCAUAUCAAUGGUGUUCGCGUCUAUACGAGCACGGCUGAGAGGUUCUUCAUCACUGCCAUGUUUAGAGGCCUGAGUGUCAACGCUGGCGCUGCUCAAUAUUGGAGGGCGUCGAUUGGAAGGUUUACGGAUAAGGUGUGGAAAUAUCAGGUUGGAGGAGAGUUUUAG